AUGGCUCGUCAAUUCUUUGUUGGAGGAAACUUCAAAAUGAACGGAACAAAGGAAUCCGUUAAGAAGAUUAUCGGAUACUUGAACGACUCUGACUUGCCAGCUCAAGUUGAAGUUGUCAUUGCUCCUCCAGCCUUAUACUUGGGACUCGCUGUUGAAGUUAACACCCAAAAGACCGUCGCUAUAGCCGCACAGAAUGUCUUUGACAAGGAUGCCGGUGCCUUCACUGGUGAAAUCUGCCCAGCCCAAGUCAAGGACCUUGGUGCUACCUGGACCUUAACCGGACACUCUGAAAGAAGAACCAUUAUCAAGGAAUCUGACGAAUUCGUUGCCAACAAGACCAAGUUUGCCUUGGAACAAGGUUUAUCCGUCAUCUUGUGUAUUGGUGAAACCUUAGAGGAAAGAAAGGCUGGUAUCACCUUGGAUGUCUGUGCCAGACAAUUGGAUGCUGCUUCCAAGAUCAUCUCCGACUGGACCAACAUUGUUGUUGCCUACGAACCAGUCUGGGCCAUUGGUACUGGUUUAGCUGCUACUCCAGAUGAUGCUCAAGAGACCCACAAGGCCAUCAGAGCUCACUUAGCCACCACCAUCGGUGAAAAGCAAGCUGCUGAAGUCAGAAUCUUGUACGGUGGAUCCGUUAACGGUAAGAACGCCAAGGAAUUCAAGGACAAGGCCGAUGUGGAUGGUUUCUUAGUCGGUGGUGCUUCCUUAAAGCCAGAAUUCGUUGACAUCAUCAAGUCAAGAUUGUAG